AUGUCGGCGGGCAUCAUUACACUCGAGGAGAGCCCGCAGAAUCCCGCGCAGAGCAAAGUUAAAGUCGAAGAUGCGCUCUCCUACUUGGAUCAGGUCAAAAACCAGUUCAGCGAAGAGUCCGGGACCUACACACAAUUCCUGGACAUCAUGAAGGAUUUCAAGAAUCAAUCGAUCGAUACGCCGGGGGUGAUCCGCAGGGUGUCACAGCUGUUCAGCGGCCGCCCGCAGCUGAUCAUGGGCUUCAACACGUUUCUCCCGCCCGGGUUUAAAGUGCUGAUGAAUGAGGGCAGCAACAAGAUUAUGAUCAGCGAGCCGAACGGGAAUAUACAGGAGGUUUGCGAGAUUAACGCAACUGGACCGCCUGGCUCUACGCCCGGCAUCGUACUUCCCGCCACCGUGGCUUCAACGUCAGCCUCGGCUCGCUUUCCGCUGCCUCCGUCGCAGGGCCCCCUCGAAAUCCCGAAUCGCGCAUCGGCCGACCUUCUGCUCGGCUAUGUUCAUCAACAGCCCGAGCCGACCGUUCAGCAAGUUAUAACGGGUCAAAUCCCGGUUUACCGCAGCGCCAGCGGCCGGUUACACCCCGAGAUGACUGUGAAGCAGCAGAUCACGCUCCAAAUGGCGGCCAACCAACAAGCACAGCGGCUUGCUCAGCAACAAGCUCAAGCUCAGGCCACUGCGAACGAAGCCGCACAAGCGGCAGCUGCGGCUGCGGCCCCGGUUGCAGCGGUUAAGACGGAGACGAAACCGCAAAUAUCAGAUAUCCUAAAUGCACAAGCCGCCCCCGCGCCCACCGCUAAAGAAGAACGGCCGAAACAGCCGAAUUUGGGAAACGCUGCCUUCGACCAAGCACUGGAAUACGUCAACAAGAUCAAGACUCGCUUCAACACCCAGCCAGCCGUCUACAAGUCGUUCUUGGACAUCCUGAGCUCCUACCAGAAACAGGAGAAGCCCGGAACCGAGAAGACAAUCCUCGACGCCAUUGGGAAGCUAUUCGAAAAUGAGUCGGAUCUGCUGGAGGAGUUCCGCAUCUUCCUGCCCGAGGCCAACUUGAUGGCCGCCAAGCGGCGGGUGGAGGCGCAGAAGAAGGAAGAACAAAAGGAGCGCGGCUCAUCCGCGGAGGAAUCUGAUGAAGACCAAAAACCGGAGAGCGAGGGAGCAGCCGAGCAAAAUGGGGAGUCAAGGAUUGAUCACGUUUUAAAAAUGGAGGAAGUGCAGCUUUUCGAGAAGCUUCGCCGAGUCUUACCACCAUUCCGCUGGAACAACUUCCUGCGCGGUCUGAACAUGUACACCACCAAGAUCAUCACCGAGGAGGAGCUGUUCCAAUUUGUCAAGGUUUCGCUAGGGGAGGUACUCCCUGACGCCGUCGACUACUUUGAGCAGCUACUGGGGCUGGAGAUGGAGCGUGAAGGCGAAGCUGGUAGCGCUGAACAACCAAAACCGGAAGGUACCGGCGGCCCGAAGUUCCACAGCGAGCUGGCCCACGAGAUCGACUACAACAGCUGCAAGCAGCUCGGCGCCUCCUAUCGAGCCCUGCCUGACACCAAGGACAAGCCGGUGUGCUCGGGGAGGACGAGACUCUGCCGAUCGGUACUCAACGACAAAUGGGUGUCCUUCCCCUCGUGGCUGUCCGAAGACUCAUCGAACGUCUCGCAGAAGAAAUCGGCGUAUGAGGAAUAUUUGCAUCGAACUGAGGACGAUAGAUUUGAGUUGGACAUCGUCAUGGAGGUCAACAAGUAUGCGAUCACAUGCCUGGAGUCGAUUCUGAAGAAGCCUAAGAAGAAGGAGGUCAUCCUCGACGAUGCGCUCGGCUCGACGUCGGCAAGCACGAUCCAGAGAGCUAUCAAACGGAUCUACGGUGAAGCCUCCUUCAAAGUUAUCGAAGCCCUGAAGAAGAACCCCGGCUCCGCGGUCCCCAGAGUGUUAGAGAGACUUCGCCAGAAACAGAAUGAAUGGAAAGAGGCAAAGACGAAAAUGAACGACAUCUGGAAGGAGCACAUCGAGAAAUACUUCUACCGCGCGAUGGACCACCAGUCGAACGCGGCGAAGGCGCUGGAUGCAAAGUGGAUGAGGCACAAGACGCUGAUACAUCAGAUUGAGAAGCUGUUUGAUGAACGGCAAAGGAGAUCCGAAGUCGGCGAGGUGAGCGACGAGGGCCCACAUCUGAUCCUGAUGUACCCCAGUGAUAUGACCAUCAUCCACGACGUCAACGACCUGCUGCUGCACCACGUCAGGAGGGGAUAUCAAAAGGAGGAGAAGGAGAAGAUGAAAGAGGUCAUCCGAAAGUGGAUCCCCGAAUGGUUUGCCGUCCAGCGCGAGCCGGACAGUGAGGAUGAAGAAGCCUCGACAUCCACCGCCGAAGACACGCCACUGAAGAGACGGACUCGCCUCCAAGAAAAGCUGAGCAAGCGGAAGAGCGGGGACCCGGAAAAACUAAGGCGGAAGACGCAGAUGAUGUGGACAAGGCCAAAAUGCAGUACGACGUAUAGAAUGGUCUACGGUGCCAAUCCUCUGUUCGUCUUCUUCCGACUCCACGGCAUGGUCUGUGAUCGACUCUCAAAACUCAAGAAACGGCAAGAGAAGAUGAUCGAGGAGUAUUUGUACGACGUCGAAAUGCAGAAAAAGCGGGCGGAAAUCUACGAAAAGCACGGGAAGGACAUCAUUGGAUGCGAGCUGAACGCCAGCGAUCCGUUCAACGGGCUGGCGGUGUUCAAGCCCCCGCCCGUCAACCCGGAGAAGCACUACGAGAGGGCGCUACAGGAAGUGAAGAAUCUGAUGGACGGCGCGAUGGAGCUGACCACCUACGAGGAUAAUAUACGGACCCUUUUCCCCACGGAGCUGCAGAACAUCAUCGUCAUGGACAAGUUCAUCCUCAAUAUGGGCAAACAGUUGCACCAGCUGGUCACUGAAGAUCCCGAACCGUUCUGUACGCUCGCCUCCUAUCAACGGUUCCGCAUGGAGAAGCCGGCCAAGCUGUACGAGUUUGAUGAGAAUUGCUUCAACAUUGAGCUGGCGUACGCCGACCACGCGGAACGAGCGCUGCUGAAGGAGAAUUGCUUUAAGAUUCAGAUUAUGCACAAAGUGGACGACCCCAGGGUUACGAUCGAACUCGUUGAUACCGAGAAAGAGUUGGAGGAGUACGAAGCCGAAAAAGACAAGCGGACGGCCGAUACGAAGCGGCGGCUCGAGAUCCGGAAAACGGCAAAAUACUUGCCGGCGCUGGGCGAGGAGGAGUACAUCCCAUCUGUGAAAGCCCUGCCCGCCCCGACGCACUUAAAGCGGAACCUCCGGAAAGUGCAGGCUGGCCCGGGCGCUGAUCAGAAGUUCACGAUCGACACGACGGCUACGGUGCUUCGAAAGCCGUAUUCGGCGUCCUAUAACCCGAACAUGUGCAUGCGGAUGAGGUUAGGGAAGCGGACGAGGAAGGAAAGGAUGCAACAACUCCAAAAAUUCGCAAAGCGGCGGGCCGGAAAAAUCGCCCGGUUGUGUGAAGGGCACUUUACGGAAUCCGAAGAGACGGUUUGCGAUGAAUGGCUGAAUGAUGGACUGCAGAGGUACUCCCUCUUCAACCCGGACUUCGAAUUCCUCACCUACGGCCGAUACCUAUCCCAGAUGCCCGAA